CAUUAAGUUUGGGGUUGCGAAUAGUGGUCAAAGUGUUUAUUAUAUUUUGACGUUUUAUAGCCUUUUUUGACAUUACGAGAUUUCGUUUUGAAUUUAAUAGCAAUAAUGAUUUAAUAGCUUAUAUAAUUAGAAGCAUCGUCAUAAUUCCAUAGAAAUUGUUAUGUGAAAGUAUUGAAAGUGCGAAGUAGUUGUCACGGCUAAUAGAGAAUCAGCUCUACAUUUAACCUACAAAAAAAUAAGAGGAACAAUUAAAUAAACAUCUUGAUUUUGAGCUUUUGGGUCCAAGUGUUUACAUUUUCAAGGAUUUGAUAAUGGCUGAUGUACUAGUGGUGGACUGGAUUGAAGAGUUUGAAGCACUCACUGAAAGUGAGAUUCACACGUACGCUGCUGAACAGGAACACAAUCAUGAAGUUUCAAUUGCUUUGCAUACCAUAUUUGAAGAGGACCAUAACAAUAAGCAAAUGAUUAUUGACAGAAUAUGUCAACAGUUAUUUGCUUUCUACAGGUCCGGUGAGAGUGGAUUAAAGAAAUUUGCUAUGCAAUACAUUCCACACUUGGUUUUGUUGCAUUUAGCACACAGGAAGACUUAUCCAUCUAUAGAAACAUUGAUUGUUAGCUUAUACAAUUUAGAAGUCGUUGAUUCUAAAGGACAACCACGUAUAAAAUCAUUUCGGGUUCCAAGCUUAGCCCAAUCAUCGAUGUAUCAUGACUCGUCAAAUUUGGAUCCAGCGUUCCUUGCUGAAAAUUCGCUUCGCCGUUGGGAAGAAUGCAAUACGAAGCUCGUAAAUUGGGGACCGCUGCCACAAGUGGAAGCAUUGAAUGCGCAAAACAGGCAGAGGGUUGUCACUGCACUUGUAUUUCUAUUCAAUCAACAGAUUGCUAGUUUUAAUUUACAGGGAAUUGAAUAUAUUUGUCGAGCGAUUUCAAGAAUAGUUAGUCAAGGGUUUCAAGUUACAGGAGGGAUCAGAACAUCUGUAGACAGUGAUUCAUUUAAUAUUAGUAUGAUGCCAAGAAUUCUGGUAUCCAGUCAAUUAUUAUUGGAAUUAUUACACAUAGUUUAUCAUGCAUUGGAGAGAGAUGUAAGUGGAGCAGCACAAACUUUGCAUGAUGUUACACAGAGAGCAACAUAUGAAACAUAUACAGACGUGCUACUGGCUGCUCACGCUAUAACGAACUUAUUACAUCGAUCCCCCGCGGCUUACAUGCCGGCUCGUUCGUCCAACAAGCAGAUAAUUACGAAGUCCAUGAUUACGAAUGCUUCUUUCCGUACGAAAAAACUGCCAGACGAUAUACCAAUCCAACAUCAGGAAGAUGCAGGUGGCGCGGGUGAUGCCAGCUUGGAUUCGAUUGUCGAAGAGGGAGGUUCUGAUGCUCCAGACAAGAAAGGCUUCCGCGGAAGGUCAGGCAGUGCUCUCAAACAUUUACCGAAAUUAUCGGGAUUAGGAAAGAAACCUAAGCUUAAAAGUAGUCCAACUCCGCCCCGACAUUCAUUGGAAGAGACCCCAGUCACCGGUGGCAAUAGUUCCAUCGGUAUGAUGGAAAUGAAGAUGAAUGCAGGCACUGGAGAUCAAGUCUCUCUGGUGGCUAGUAAUAGCAACGGAAGUAUGCAGAACGAACUGAGCCUUAACACUGUUCACGUGAGUACUGUUUAAAAGGCAGAAAACGUUUUUUUUUCUUCUUUUAAAUCAAAUGGCAAAGCUACAUCACGUAUAUCGAAUAUUGAUUUAUAUGAAUCUUUGUGCCAUUCAAAAGGAGAAAUUUGAUAAACAAAGCGAACUUUGCCUAAGUCACUUA